UUCCCUCCAUAUAUCGAUAUGAUCAGACCAUCCAAGCUCAACAUUUUGUUCAGUGCUGAGGGGUCUUUUGAACCGAUUGGAGGAGAAAGUUUUGAAGAUUUUUUCCGUAUAUGCUUGAGAAUGCUUUCUUUGGUGUAUCAUCUCGUUCUCGACACAACAAAUCCAUCUAUCUUUUCGGAGAGAGAGUUUCGCGUGCAUUCUUGCUGGCAGCACUUGUGUAAGGUAGAAGAUAGUAGGAUCAAGUUUUUGCAUGUCUUACAAAGUUGUGAUGAUGUUAUAAAAGAUCAGCGCCGCUUGUGUGCCCAUUCCAACUCUUUAUUUGGGUUCAAACAAGUGUAUGAUUCGAUAAAAAGUGAUUGUGCAUCUACUGCCCGUUCUCUCCUUUGUUUUGGUCGUUAUCACCAAUAUCCAGUGCCAAUACCUGCCAUGGGUUUCAAGUUGCUGAGGGUACUAUAUGCUCAUCAGGUCCGAUUUUACCAUAUCCCAAUUGAAAUUUUCAAACUAAUUUGUCUGCGGUACCUUGCCCUAACUUGCUACGGGGACCUCCCUAUUUCCAUAUCCAACCUUUUUCACCUUCAAUUCUUGAUUAUUGAUAGACAUAUGAGAAUUAUAAAGCGUGGAGUUCAGUCAUACAUGCCUGUACAAAUUUGGGACAUGCAAGAACUAAAGUGUAUUGAGAUAUUGGGAAGCGACCUACCAACUCCUAAUACUGAUGAUGCUAGCUUGAACAAACUCAACACACUUCUUGGUGUGAGUGUAAACAGUUGUACAAGGGAAGUUCUCAAAAGAAUUCCUAAUUUAGCACAUUUAGGAAUUGAAGUGGAGUUGAAGCCUUAUGAUGAUGAUGACGAAACCAACCCAUUGAGUUGCUUGAGUUAUAUAUCACAACUUCAGAACUUGGUCGGACUUAGUUAUAGCAUCAAGAAUCCCGAUAUAAAGUAUGAGUUUAAUAUGAUUCCUCUUUCAAUGUUCCCAUCAAGUCUCAUAGUGCUAAAUUUGAGUGGGUUAGGGGGGUAUUCUUGGAAGUACAUGAAUGACAUUGGUUCGCUGCUGCCAAAUCUCAAGGGUCUCAUGUUACAAUGCUAUGCCUUUCGAGGCCCGGAGUGGGAAAUAGAACCAGGGGGUUUCUUGAAACUUACUAUACUUCAAAUUGAAGACACCGAUUUGGUGCAAUGGAGACCUCAACAUGGAAGCUUCCCAAAGCUUGAAGUUCUAGGCAUGAAGCAUUGCUACAAAUUACAACAACUCAAUUGGCCGUAUGAUCACUCUUGGAUCACAAAAAUUGAAUUAACCGACUGCAAUCCUUUAGCUGUCGUUUGUGCCGAUGAAUUAAAAGACAAGUUUUCCUUUGAACUUAGAGUCAAAUCUUCUUUUUGAGAUCAAGUCACUCUGCAACUUGCCUUACAGGCAAAUGAGAGAGCCGAAGGGAUCAGACGCCGCAUUAUCAUAUUAUUUCAAUUGUUGUAUUACCAUAUUUUCGUAUGGAUUUAAGGAUUGUGACUUGUAUUGGUUUUUGUUGAGGAUUAUGAAACCUGAGAGCUGAAUGGUGUUUGCAAGUUGGAUUUGUCUGAAAACAUUAGUCCCUU